GUGUUUGCCCGCGCUUUUGUCACUUUUAUCGACACUAAAAUAAAUAAAACACAUACUCUGUCUCUUCCCCUCUGCAGCAGAGCUUUCUGCAACCCACAGAUUCCCGUGUUGGUUCCAUUUCCCCAUAAAUAAUCACUAAAUAAUCUUCAGCCUCACAUUUUGACAUACUACUAGUACUUUUUUAUAUUUCUAUUUUCUUGUUGAAAAAGAAAACAAAACCUCGCUAAACUCCAAUCUGCCCAGUACCAUCUCAGUAGUAGUAUUAAUAAUUCAGCACCGAUAACAAGACUUUGAUGACUGUUUUUUGCUUGUAGUAGUAUAUAUUGUUCAUCAAAUUCAAAACUUUUAAUAGUAAUAAUAGUUCUAUCUGUCUGCACAGAUCGGAGAUGCCCAAAACGACUUCUUUGCGCUGCAACUCCGAGAAGCUUAGUGGGGCUGUGGGGGUGUUUUCCUUUUGCUAAUCCAAACGUCGUUGUUUCCCUGUUUAUGUUUCACAGACUGAGAAACAGAGAAAAAACAAACUCGCUUGAGAUUUUCUGAUCUCUUAAAGGAAUGGAAUAUACCACCACUAAACCCUCUAAGCCCUCUUCAAACAUAUCCGAGUUGGUUUCAAAAUUUGCCAGAGUUUGCAAGCUGAGAUCCACGGGUGUUUUUUCUGCUGAAAAUAUGUUGAACACAAGCAACAUUAAUGCCCCACUUGGCGAGGAUAGCAGUGAUAAUACUGAAGAAACUGAAUGUGAUAGCGAUAAAAUACAUCCCCGGCCAGCUGAUGUUUCCUGCGAAAGGAAUAUAUGCUGUGACGCAGAGGUCUUGAAGUUAUUUGACACUGUUUCUGCACUAAAAUCAGCUUAUGUCCAACUUCAGAAAGCUCAUAUUCCGUAUGACCCGGACAAGAUUAUAGCUGCCGAUGAACUUGUUCUGUCUAAGCUUGAUACACUUUGCAAGAUUAAGCGUGCAUACAAGGAGAAGCAGUUCACAAAAUCAAAGCUUGAUUCGUCUUGCUUGGAACUUCUUCCAUCAGAAGUUAAAGUUAAUGAGAGGCUGUUAGAGAAAUUGAAGUCUGAAAAUAAAACCAAGGACUCUGAGAUUGUCCGCCUGAAGCAAGAACUCCAGGAUUUGGCUUUCGGGAAUGCAAAGCUGAUUGAGAUAAUCAGAAGGGAAAGAGUGGAGAGAAAGAAGACAACGGUUCUGGAUGUUACUAUGUUUCAGAACAGCUUCAAAGCUGCAUCAAAGUCCAUUCAUGGUUUUGCAAAGCCAUUGAUUAGUUUGAUGAUGGCUUCAGGGUGGGAUUUAGACCUAGCAGUAAAAUCAAUUGAUGAUGGAGUUGCAUACUCCAGGAGGCCCCACAAGAAGUAUGCGUUUGAAGCCUACAUUGCAUGGAGAAUGUUUCAUGGAAUGUUGCUUGAGUCCUAUAAUGUCAAUGAUAUAAUGAAGUUUGAUGAUCCAAUUGAUGCUCUGAUAGAAAAUCCAGAUUCAGGCUUUGCAAAAUUUUGCAGAAAGAAGUAUCUUUUGGUUGUUCAUCCUAUGAUGGAAAUGUCAUUCUUUGGGAAUUUGGAUCAGAGGAAUUUUAUAUCGAGUGGCAAACAUCCACGGACACCAUUCUACCAGAUCUUUGUGAAAAUGGCAAAGUGGAUAUGGAUUCUACAUGGGAUAGCUUGCUCAAUUGAUCCUGAAGCAAAAAUAUUUGUUGUCAAGAGGGGAAGCCAAUUCUCAGAUGUUUACAUGGAAUCUAUCGAGCAAGACAGAGAAGGUCUGGUGGGUUCUGAUGAGGGACAGGCUACUCAAAAGGUUGAGUUAAUGGUCUUGCCUGGGUUUAGAAUUGGAGACACAGUGGUGAGAUCUCGAGUUUAUCUUUCGAAGACAAAUUAGCCAAUCCAUAGAUGCUAAUCACCUUUAGUUUUGAGUAUGUUAAUACUUAGUGGGAGGUAGUUGAGAACUUUUGUAGUUUUUGAAUCGUAGGAUAGGGUGGGAUUCAACUCAGGAGCUCAUACUCUUUACGUCACCCUCUAGUUGCAAAAAAGCCUGUUUUUUGCCCCCUGAACUGUAAAUAGAUAUCGCCUCCAAUGAUGCCAUCAUACUUUGGUUACCAUUCUAUUAUUGUCUGCUGGAUGAUACUCUGAUAUUAUUUGUCCAAUCAUUGUUUAUGAUGAUGCCAUUGAUGUAACUUAGCAUUCAGGAAUUCUGUGCUUAAUUGCAAGAUAACUACGUUAUUCGA